AUGUCUUUCGCCAGGCAAAUGUUUGGACAAGUCCAGCGUCGAGCUUUUUCGGCGUCUGCUCGACAGUCCUCGAAAGUUGCAGUUCUCGGUGCCGCCGGUGGCAUCGGUCAGCCCCUGUCGCUGUUGAUGAAGCUCAACCCCCGUGUUUCUCAAUUAGCCCUCUACGAUAUCCGCCUGGGUCCAGGUGUCGCUGCUGAUAUCAGCCACAUCAACACCAAGAGCACGGUCAAGGGCUACGACCCAACUCCCUCGGGUCUCCGAGAAUGUCUGGAAGGAAGUGACAUUAUCCUCAUUCCUGCGGGCGUUCCCCGAAAGCCUGGGAUGACUCGUGAUGUUGUAGAUCUGUUCAACACCAAUGCUAGCAUCGUUCGGGACCUGGCAAAGGCUGCGGCUGAUGCUGCGCCCAACGCCAAUCUUCUGAUCAUCUCCAACCCUGUUAACUCGACUGUCCCCAUCUGCGCCGAGGUGUUCAAGAGCAAGGGUGUCUACAACCCUAAGCGUCUCUUUGGUGUCACCACCCUCGAUAUCGUCCGUGCGUCCAAAUUCGUCUCGGAACUCAAGGGGACAGACCCGGCCGAUGAAAAAAUCACCGUUGUCGGCGGACAUUCGGGCGUCACCAUCGUCCCCCUGAUCUCGCAGUCUGGCCACCCCGACAUCACUGGUGAGAAGCUUGACGCCUUGAUCAACCGAAUCCAAUUCGGCGGUGAUGAAGUCGUCAAGGCCAAGGACGGUGCCGGUUCUGCUACUCUGUCUAUGGCUAUGGCCGGAGCGCGGUUUGCCGAGAGCUUGCUCAAGGCUUCACAGGGUGAGAAGGGCGUGGUUGAGUGCACGUUCGUGGACAGCCCCUUGUACAAGGACCAAGGCAUCGACUUCUUUUCCUCGAAAGUCGAGCUUGGCCCCGACGGGGUCCAGAAGAUCCACGAGGUGGGCCGCAUCAACAAGUACGAGGAAAAUCUGCUGGAGGCAGCCAUGGGAGACUUGAAGAAGAACAUUCAGAAGGGUGUGGACUUUGUCAAGGCUAACCCAUAG